CUAUAUGUCAUCUGUCAAAUACAACUAAAAGAGACAGCGCAAUUUUAACAUUUUGAACAUCACUAUUGCUAUAAUUUAUAAUCGUUCAAUUUUUUUCUUAUUUAUUUGUAUAAAUAUUUCAUAAUACUGUUUUUUGUUAUAACUAGGCGGAAAUAAACUACUGUCGGCUGUUUGAAGAAAUUUACCGAAGAAUGAACUAAUUGUUAGAUAAUUAUAGAAUAUGGCUGGUUUUGGAGAUCACCGUGGUUAUAAUCGGCCAUACGGAUUAGAUCCUAAUAGGGAGACUAAUGAUAUUUACGAUACCCGUUAUCAACAAAUUUACGGUUACCAUACCCCCUUAACUGAAGAGUACCAAGGUCCGCCUUUGGUAAUGGACGACGCUCCAGAUGAAGAAACCAAUACCUAUGUAACAACAGCAAUAAGUGUCGCAAGUCUUGUAACCGAAAAUUUAUUAAGUCAUCCAUUUAUCGUACUUAGAAGACAAUGUCAGGUACACAACAGCUUGAGGAACUACCAUAUUGUGCCGUACACUCUUCUGCCAGUGGUGGUAAGACUACAUAGAAGGCAGGACUUCACCACACUAUGGAAAGGAAUUGGCUCCACAUGCAUUGUAAAGGGCCUUAAUUUGGCUGUUGAAGAUGUGAUAACAAAGGGAACAGGGUGGCCAAAAGAAAUUGGAAAGUGCAGCUCAUUUUUACAAUUUUUGCAACACCUGACAUUAAAAUGUAUAAGUAUAGCACUUGUCACUCCUUUCUACUCCGCUAGUCUUGUAGAGACCGUUCAAAGUGACAUUGCUAGUGAUAAACCGGCUUUAUUGGAUGUAUUCAGAGAAGGUUUUGUGCGUAUUCUGGAAUGGGGAACACCGAGUCGUGGCCGAAUGCUACCGAUAUGGGCUAUUGUAUUGCCAACAGUCUCUCUUGGAAUUUCGAAAUAUUUUGCCCAUAUUAUAUUAAGAAAUAUAACAGUAAGAAUCUUGCGCUUCCAACAAAGGCAUAAACAUGAGUUAAAUGAUUCUUAUAAUGCCAACUAUUCUAAGAAUGCACAAAAUCCUCUAAUAGAAGAUUUGAAUUUAAAGGCAAAUAUUUUCUCCUUUAUAACCAUGGAAAUCUUAUUCUACCCCAUUGAGACUAUCAUACACAGACUACAUAUACAGGGAACAAGAACAAUAAUAGACAAUUUAGACACAGGGUCAUCUGUGACCCCUAUACUAACAGGUUACCAAGGGUUUAUGGAUUGCUACAACACAACCAUUGCCAAAGAAGGCUUAGGUGGCCUAUACAAAGGUUUCGGUGCCCUAGUGCUCCAGCUUGCUGCACAUUUAGCUAUUAUAAAACUAACAACAUUAGUAGUAUCAGAAAUGUCUAAUCUCCUUAAACCAGCUAGCACUCCAACUAAUUCAGAGGAUUCUGCUGUUCAUUCACAACAAAAGUAUUUGUUCAAUUGAUUUAAGACUAAUUAUGAAAAUGAUCAGCGGCAAAUUGAUAUACGGUCCUGAUAUACACCUGGAAGUUAUUAAAUCUACAUUGUACAAGUAAAUUGAGUUUACUCUUUUAUUGUUUUAAAUAAUUGUGAUUAUAUUUUUUUUAUCUUAAAGUAGAUCAAAGAUAUCAAUAGAUAAAAAGAUUUUUUUGUAAAUUUGUUGCUUAGAUUUAAGAAAAAUGGCUAAGUUUUAAUUUAACUGUUAAAAUGAAAAUAAAACACAUAUUAUUUAUUUUA